GUCGGACAUUGAAAACCGUGUUUCACUCCUUUUGAUUUCGUACCAGCCGAAUCGAAGCCUGCAAAGAUGCGCAUACCAGUCUUGGCCAUGGUUGCUCUCAUGAUGCUCUUCGCAUCCUCUGAAGCUGUUUUCAAACUGAAGAAACUGGCCGGCGCCGCUCUGCUCGGCGCAGCCAUCGCUCCCCGUUUCGUUCCUAUUCCCAUUCCUCAUCACGUGCACCACAAGGAGAGCCACGGCUGGCACCACGAGAGCCACGGCUGGGAUCACGGACACGGACACGGGCACGAGUACGGACACGGACACGAGUACGGACCUUCUCACGGUCACAAAGAACUCUUCACUGUCCACAAGGGAGGAUGGCAACACCACGGUGGAAUCCACGACGCGUCCUCCGCUUACGGCGGUGGUCACGGCUGGUGGUAAUCCAUCGCAGCCGAGAAUCGCAAGAAGUAUCCGUCUGUCGUCCAAUCGUCUGUCUACAUGUAUGAAUUUCUGUCUGCCAGCUUCUCUGUUCAAGAUGUGACUGGAAAAAAACGCGUGAAUCGUCAAGCCAUAUCAGUUCGCACCGGAGGGAGGACUCCCGCUGGACUCUUGACCAUCGAUUCCAGAUGGCAUCGGCAUAGCGUGCGACCUACCGGCCCCUGCUGCAGGAACUCCGAGCAGGGCCCACCUCCUGGCUUACCUGUCGACUGAAGGCGGGCAGACGCUCGGGGCGGAAGUCUCUGAUGCGAGUUCAGUAUUUCGUGAGGCUAUUGUGUGAAAGUGCUCCGGGGACUGCUCGUUUUGCGUGAAAACUUUCGUCGCGUGAUUGCUCCUUCUACCAUCUGAAUUCAGCUCCACGUCGCUUUUCGUCCUGUACAAAAUCCUCCAAAAAGGCUCCCAUGCGGGAACAGGGGAAAUUAGCCUGUGUAUAAAAUGUAUAUAUUAAGUUAACGUGAUAAUUUAAAAUGUGGACCAUCAUAGGUCCUUGUGAGUCAUGUGCCAAUGUAGGUGUCUAAUGGAGCUAAUAAAUUGUUCGAGUGUUCAU